AUGAUCGACUUUUCAUAUGAAGCUUCCUAUGUGAAAUUUUGGGUCCAUUCACACGCGGUCUUUUUAAAUGAUUCGCAUUUUCUAGUUCGUAAUGUCUUUAUUCAACCGCGGUUAUUUCUCCGUUUUAAAGUAUUGAUGGAUACUGACAUACUUAUCGGUAUAGGAACCGCAGUAGGAGCGGUUGCCGUAGCCAUCUUCACGGCCGCCUUUGCUCCACGCCAGCGAAACCGUACGGUCAGAACAAUGGAAGUAAUGAUAGACGAAAAAACGGGACAGAAAAAUGCCGAAAUUGAGGACCUUAAACAAAAGUUGAAAAAGGUAGAAAAAGCGCGAACUUCCGAAAUUAAGGGUCUUCGUGAAGAGUUGGAAAAGAUGAAGGAUGCGCGAACUGCUGAGAUUGAGGCCCUUAGCGAAAGAUUGAAAAAGACGGAAGAGGCACGAGCUGCCGAGAUUGAGAGUCUUCGUAAAGAGUUGAACAUGGCGAAAGAGCAAGCUGCCUGGAUCCAAAGCAUUCCUCCAGAGAUAACGCCAACCAAAGAGCAAUUUGAAGAGGCUAAGUCUAUGCUCAAGGACCCUGACGGCCAUUUUUAUCAUUUCGCUGUUGCCGGAUAUACUGGCACUGGGAAAUCUUCUUUAAUCAAUGCUCUCCGAGGUUGUAACGAUACAGAUGACGAUGCGGCUAAAGUUGACAUUGUUGAAGCAACUGUGGACGUAAAUCGAUAUCCAGACGGAAGCUCGGCAUUAAAUAAGUUUGUAUGGUAUGAUAUUCCAGGUGCUGGCACACAAACAAACAAGCAGUGGCAGUAUUUCAAUAAUAAAAAGCUUUUUAUUUUUGACUUUAUUAUUAUCUGUUGGAAAGACCGAAUCACGGAGAUCGAUAUGCAAAUCCUCAAUUCUUGUAAAACGUGGAACAUACCUACCUUCCUUGUUCGCACAAAUUCUCGGACACAAAUCCGUAACCUAAUGCUAAGCAACAAACUUACAGAGAAAGAAGCAAUCGAAGAGCUUAAAGUUAAGACACGCGCAACUGUCGAAAAAAAUCUCAAAGACGGCAAUUAUAAUGAACCGAACAAGAAGGUUUAUAUCAUUGAUAGACAUAUCUUGGGCAACAUUAUUUCAAGUGCUACACAGGCGUUAAACUCCAUAAAAGAUUUAGAAGAUUUUACUGAGUUGCAUUCGAUAGAAGAUUUUACAAAGUUGCUUUCGAUAGAAGAUUAUCGUAUUAUAAUUAAUGAAGGUAAUGUUCGCAUAACAGUAAAUGCAGAAAGCGAAAUCAAUCUUUUAAGAGAUUUACUUAAAACAGCUAAAGACCGUCGAAAGUAG